AUGAAGCUCCACACCGCAGCUAUCCUCGUCAUCCUCUGCCUUGGCAUCUUCACUGUGCGCACAGUGAAAGGGAGUGCUGGAAGUCAGUCCAUGCGCAAAUUCAAUUGUGUAAGGCUGCGUACAAAACAGCUGAACAUCCAAAAUUUUGCAAAGUAUGAAAAGCACCAUAUGCCAAUAAGUGCCAUCGUGUUUAUCAAUAGAAAUGGUGUCAGAAUCUGCGUAAGUGCUGAUCAGAAAUGGGUGCAGACUGCUAUGAAGAAAAUAGACCAAAGGUCGGCAUCAUCUAGGAAUGGUGGCAAGCCGAAAGGAAAUCCAUGA